UUAUAAAUGAUUCUUUUUGUUAGAAAGAAAGAAACAGACUGACAGCUUUGCAUGCAUAUAACAGUGUAUAAAGUUGAUGUUAAAUUGACUCGUCUGCUGUAUAAGUAAAGUACCUAAGUUAAGAUGGCAAAUCCAAAGGUGAUAGCUGGUCUAGUGUUUGCUGUUGUCAUUGUUAUCAUGAUCAUAGUUCUUGUCUCAACAUCCCUGAAAAAACUCUCAUCUGACCAAAUUGGUCUUGCCUAUGACACUAUCAACAAAAAUCUGGACAAAGAAGCAAAAGGCGAGGGCCUUCACAAUGGUUCUCCUGGCUUUGAUUUUAUCAUCUUCCCAAGUGUUUAUAAAACACUUACAUUCAAUGAUUUAAGGUGUUUAAAUGCUGAUGGUGUGAUAAUCACAUUAGAUGUAACAUACCAGUAUAAAGCUAAAGCUCCUAAACUCUAUGACAUUGUGAUGAACUUCAAAGAUUAUGAUGGCUAUAAAACUGUCUUACAAUAUACAGGAGAAUCCGCACUACACGAAGCUUGCAGUUAUUUUAAUACAUCACAGUUUCAAGCUGAGAGAGGUGCCUUCCAGGAAAAAGUGCGAGACAAGAUUUUAGAAAAGUAUGCUGUCCUCUAUUGUGACAUCACUGAUCUGCAGGUGAGCAACAUUGCCAGACCAAGUGAGUACGAAUCAGCAAUCAGAAGUAAGGAGCGUGCUCGUGAAGAUAUUCAGAAGCCCAAGGUUUUGACACAGGGGCGAAAGAGAAAGGGGAGGAAAUACUACCGCACAAAUUUUUGGGAAAGGGCCAACUCUGAUGCUAGAAUUCUGAAAGCAAGGGCAACUGCCGAGGCUGAGGGUAUUAUACAACAAUAUCUGAAAGAAUCGGAGGCUUAUCAGCAGAUACUAAGUCCUGAUGGUCUUGGUUUUACUGUUGACGGAUUUAUAUCUUACAUGGGUGUUCGUGUCAUCUCUUCAGCAAAGAAUCCAGUUUAUAUCGGCCUACAAAGUCCAGCAAAAUCUUCAUACCAUACUCCUUAAUUGUCGUUAACUGGAAUUCUCAUAAAAUGUCACCUCAAUGUGGAGUUAAAGUUGAUUUCAAAAUUGUGUGGAAAUUUUUAUUCUUUGAAAAAUCAUAAGCGGUGUUGAAUUUUCUCUAACUGAAAUAAGUCUUUUACAAAAAUUUAUUUGAAAUAAUUCUUUUUGUGACAACAUCUUUUUUAUUGAUUUCAAGGGAAGAGAAUUGUAAUAAUUUAUUACAGUUUCAUAAUAUCUGUUAAAUUUACAAUAAUUAAUUAUAAAUUUUUAAGCAAUUCAUUAAUAUGGUAUCAAAUAACCCUGUUUGUAGUCAUAAUAAUAAGGGGAGACUAUUCAUAUUUUGCUGAUAAAGAAAUUUUGUGCCUUCUUCAUACAUAAAAAACAUGAGAGCACCUUUAAUACAUCAAUUUUUGCUUUAGCACUGAAAAUUGCUUCUUUUAUAUAUUGUGCAAUUUACUCCACCUUAGCUUAAAUCUUGUAGCUCUAUGUAUGAUAAAGAAACAGAAGAUUUUAAUACAAAAAGCAUUGGCAGUACAAAAGAUAUGAGCUCAAAGUGAAAUUAA